UUCCAGUAACAAACAAGGAUAGUUACUUGGGAAUAAAUUCUGCAUUUUAUUAAGCAUUUGGCUUAAGUUGGAGACGUAACUGCUCGGCUCUCAGAAUGGCUGCAUCAGGAUUCUACAUUUUGCUCUUAUUUGCAAUGUCCUGUUGUGCAGCUCCAAAUCCAGAGAAAGAUCACUGUGAAAAACCUGAGCAAAUAAAAAGAGCUCAGUUACAAGGUGAAUGGCACGAUGAAACUUACCCACCUGGUAAAGUAGCUAAUUUUGUCUGCCUCCCGGAAUACACUCAGGAUGGACCCAUUAAAAUGGCAUGUAUUGAAGGAAUUUGGUGGCAUAUUGCUAAAGGCCAAUGCAAAGAAUCUGCCAAGCAGUGUGGUCCACCUCCAUCUGUGCAAUUUGCAGACACCGUGGAGAUGAGAAAACGUACCUAUAAUUCUGGUGAAUUUGUAAAGUACAGAUGCCCUGAAUAUUAUACUCUUGAAGGAAUCGUGGUUGUGAGAUGUUUGAAUGGAGUCUGGGAUGAAACACCAGCUUGUCGUGAGCCAUGUAUUACAAAUGAAAAGGACAUGGAAGAAAAUAAUAUACAGCAACGCUGGAUAUUUGCUAGAAAGAUUUACAUUAAACAUGGUGACAUGACAGAGUUUACUUGUAAAGCUGGAUAUGAAACUAGUCCUGACACACAGAUGAGAAUUCCUUGUCAGCAAGGAAAGCUGGAAUAUCCAAAAUGCAUCAAGAGAGAGCCAUGUAUUACAAAUGAAAAGGACAUGGAAGAAAAUAAUAUACAGCAACGCUGGAUAUUUGCUAGAAAGAUUUACAUUAAACAUGGUGACAUGACAGAGUUUACUUGUAAAGCUGGAUAUGAAACUAGUCCUGACACACAGAUGAGAAUUCCUUGUCAGCAAGGAAAGCUGGAAUAUCCAAAAUGCAUCAAGAGAGGAACUGGGGCGCAAUGUGGUCCACCACCAAAUGUGCAAUAUGGAGACACUUUGGAUAUUAGAAAAGCUAACUAUAAAUCUGGUGAAAAAGUGGAAUUUAGAUGCCCAGAAUAUUAUAUCCUUGAAGGAAAUAGAUUUGUGACCUGUUUUAAUGGUGUGUGGUCUUCAGCACCAGUUUGUCUAGAGCCGUGUACUGCAAAGGAAAGGGACAUGGAAAGUAAUAAUAUACAACUAAAGUGGAGAUCUGAUAGAAAGAUUUACAGUAGACAUGGUGAGAUUAUAGAGUUUAUUUGUAAACCUGGAUAUGAAGCUCCUCCUGACACACAGAUGAGAAUUACUUGUAAUCAAGGAAAUCUGGAAUAUCCAAAAUGCUUCAAGAGAGGUACAUGUCGUAUAGUUCAAGAUGAUCUGGAUGAAAACAACUUGGAAUUAGAUGAAGUGCAUGAUAAUGAAGUAUUCUAUGCCGAAGGUGAAGUAAUCCAGUAUAAAUGUAAGAAUGGAUUUGAAUAUCGUGGUCGACCAACUGGAAUAUGUUCCGAACAAGCAUUGAGCUAUCCAAAAUGUACAGAAUCGUCAAAGUGAUUAGAGUAACUACAUACAGGAUGUAAAGUUGACGCCUGAAAAAAAAUAAAAUAAAAAUAACAGGAACAACAACACUUUAAUCUAAUAAUCUAAUAGCCAGUUGCUUUGUAUUGUAUUGUAAUAAGUUUUGUGUGGCUCCAGAAAAGAAAUAAAACUUAAUAAAUCUUAAAAAAGG